AUGGCCGACGAAUCGGAGGCGGCGAGGGCACGGCGCGCGCCCGCGCCCCCGCCGCGGCAGCCAGCGCGUCCGGUGGAGCCGCGGCCGCGCGCGUCUGACGCCGGACUGCCGGCGCCACCGCGGCUCAUCCGGCCGUCCGAGCACCUGGCGAUGGUAGAGCGGGCUAUGGAGAGGCGCGCGCCGCCGCUCGUGCCGGCCGUCACGGUCCUGCACGGGCCGCGGCCGACGCUGCCGCCGCCGCAGCCGGUUUACCGGCACGUUGCACCUCCACCGUUGAGGAUGCCCGCGCCGGGGUUACCAGGACCACCAGGCCUACCGGGAUUGCCGGGUCCGCCCGGACCGCCAGUACUGCAGGGCCCGCCAGUCAUGAGGGUGCCUAUGCCAGUCCCGAUGCCAGUACCACAAAGGAGAGAUGUUCAG